AUGGUCAGAAACAGCGGGCCCUUCGGCGACCAUAACGAAACAUCCCUCAACUCCAGCACAACGCGAACAGCAUCCCAAAAUGAAACACAAGCACACAGCAGCAGAAGCCCCGGCUACCUCUCUCUAGCCGGUCCUCCCCAAACCUCAAACCAAGGCAUCGCAUACCUGGAGCCAGACUACAUCCGCCUCAACCCGCAAUACAGCCAGAAACACCAGGACGAGCCAGUAUGGAGUCUCGCGCAGCCCCUCCCUCACGUCGUGCGCGGCGGAAUGCGUUCAGAGGAUAAAGCGACCGGGCAAGACGACCACGGGCACGAACACGUCUCCAGACCGAACGCGACCGCCGAGAACCAGCCUGCCUCGACUGAACCGCCCGCCGCGGCGCCCGCAGACAAGGAGGAGGAGCAGGGCAAGCUCGAAGCACAACAGUCUACGCACGAUAAUCGGGACUUCUUCAACACGUGGGGGAAAUGUAGACACUUCCUCCGGCAGGAAUUAGCGGAAUGGCUCGGCGUGACUCUUGCAAUGACGCUCGGUCUCUGCGCGGGUCUGUCCACAUUCACGUCGCAGAACCAGGCGGGCUCGUUCGCUUCUCUUGCGGCCGCUUGGGGAUUCGCGUUCAUGAUUGCUAUCUAUGUCGCUGGUGGUGUUUCCGGUGGACAUCUUAACCCGGCUAUCACGAUCUCUCUCUCCGUCUGGCGAGGAUUCCCGGCGCGGCGAUGUUUAACAUAUACUAUUGCCCAGAUCCUCGGGGCUAUAACCGCCAGCGGUAUUGCAUAUGCGAUCUACCACGACUCCAUCGUCCGGAUUGCGACCCUGAGCAAUGUCCCGCAGUCGCAGUCCGACGCGAAGCAGGCCAUGGUCACAAUGCCCAAGGAGUUCGUGCACCCGGCAGCAGCGUUCUUCAGCGAGUUCGUCGGGUCCGCCAUUCUCAUGGGUGUAAUUCUAGCUCUGGGUGACGAUACCAAUGCACCGCCUGGCGCCGGUAUGCAGGCGUUUAUCAUCGGUCUGCUUAUCACGGUCCUUAUCCUGGCACUCGGAUUCACGACAGGGGGAUGCUUCAAUCCAGCUCGCGAUUUCGGGGGCAGGCUUGUAGCUGUUAUGGCGGGCUGGGGAGGGCAUCUGUUCCGCGAGCGCAAUGCAUGGUGGGUUUGGGGGACUUGGAUUGCGGAUAUAUUUGGGGGGUUGUUUGGGGGGUUUCUCUAUGAUUUGAUUAUCUUUACUGGUGGUGAGAGUCCGGUCAAUUAUCCGCCGAGACGCAGGAAGAGAGCGCUCUUGCUGAAGCAGAGGAAUGCGAGAAGGAGGAUGCGGUUUGGACUGAAUAAAAUUCCGGAUAUUGAGAGGGCAGCACAGGAGUUUGAAUAG